GAUCCACCCAGACAUAAAACAAGCAAUUAAAAAAAGCCUGGGAGAGUGAGGAUGAGAUUUCCGAAUAAUGCAUGAUCUUCCAAAUUGCCUUUGCUGACGAUAGACUUAAAAAUAGGUGUGCAAGAUAUUAGCUGCUGCCCAGCUGCUUGAUGUUACAUGCAUACCCAGGGAAUUAAGUCUCUCUCUCCUUCUAGAGAGAGACUGUAAGAUGCAUGUUAUGAAUUGUGUCUCCUUGGUGAAUGAUAAAGAAAAUGGAGCUAUUUCAGUUGAAGCUGGAUUAAUGAUUGGAGAUACAACAGACCCAGAAGAGCAACUGCCUCAACCACCUCCGCCUCCACCACUUCCGCCCCCUCCACCAUGUCUAACAACAGAUGUUGGAUUUUCUUCACCAGCAGGCGUACCGCCACCGCCUCCGCCUCCACCUCUGUCCCUGAGCAGACCUUCAUUGUCGCAGUUGGUCAACGGGCAUGGCCACUUAAGCAAGAAGAAGCGAAUACGUAGUUUCUUCUGGAAAACUAUCCCCGAAGAACAAGUUCGUGGUAAAAAUAACAUCUGGACUAUUGGUGCUAAGCAGAAUUACCAAAUUGACACAAAGACAAUUGAGGAAUUUUUUGGUCAGCCGGAAGGAACAGUACCUUUGGAAUCAAGAAGCAGAGCUUCACGGAGGUCAUUUAAAGACACCAAACAAGAGAUUAAUAUUUUGGAUGCCAAAAGAAGUAUGAAUAUUGGGAUAUUCCUCAAGCAGUUUAAAAAAUCUUUUGAAUCCAUAAUUGACGAUCUUCACUCAGGAAGAAGUGAUCUCUAUAGCUGUGAGAUCCUACGUGAACUUCUCAAAUUACUGCCAGAAACAGAAGAGGUAAAGAAAUUAAAGGAUUUCAGUGGAGACAUAUCAAAACUGUGUCAAGCAGAUUCUUUUAUGUACUUGCUAAUCCAGGUGCCAAACUAUUCACUCCGACUUGAAGCCAUGGUGUUAAAAAAAGAAUUCUCCCCAUCUUGUUCUGCUCUGCAGAAAGACAUGACAAUUAUAAGAAUGGCUACAAAGGAGCUAAUGUGCUGUGAAGAGCUACAUUCCAUAUUGCAUUUGGUCCUUCAGGCUGGGAAUAUUAUGAAUGCGGGAGGCUAUGCUGGCAAUGCCGUGGGCUUUAAGCUAUCCUCAUUACUCAAGUUGGCAGAUACAAAAGCAAACAAGCCUGGGAUGAAUCUGCUUCAUUUUGUUGCUUUGGAAGCCCAGAAGAAGGACAGAGUUCUUUUGAACUUUUCAGAGAAAUUGAAGCACGUCCAUGAGGCAGCCAGGAUAUCUCUUGAAAGUAUAGAAGCUGAGCUCCAUUCACUCUCAACCAAAACAAAAUCUCUUAAAGAGAAUAUUCGCAGGGACUCAGAACUCUAUCACCAGAUGGAAGGCUUCCUCCAGUUUGCUGGAAAAGAACUUAAAGAGUUGGAACACUGGAAACGCGACUUGCUGAAGGAGGCCCAUGCGCUUAUGGAUUUCUUGUGUGAAGAUAAGGAAACUAUGAAAAUGGAGGAGUGCUUUCAGAUAUUCAGGGAUUUUUGCCUAAGGUUCAGCAAAGCAGUUAAGGAGAAUAAGGAUAGAGAGGCCCAUGAGUUUCAGCAGCUACAGCGAUUAAAGGAGUUGGAGGAAAAACGUCGGUCAUCGGUUGCUGGUGAGCUUGGAGCUUUUGGCAGAAGCAGCAGUGAAAAUGACGUUGGGACACUGACAAAGAGAGGACUAGAAGAAUUUCUACCUUUCUUACAGCAUAGACCACAGAGCCCUUCCUACAGAAAUGCCAGCACCAGGCGCUCUCGGCAUUCUUUGGGAGUCACUGCAGACCGGGAGCUCUUGACUUUCCUAGAGACCUCAAAAGGUGAUGAGGCACACAAAUCCAACAGUCUUCCUCGUGCACAUGCUUGUCAAGCGAGGCCCACUGUAGCCUGGACUGAAUCUAAAGAGCCUGGAGAUCUAGGUUUGACUGACUUGCACUUGAAUCAGGCACCUGAAGAAGGCAUGGACUGCAGUUACUUCCCAUUGCCUCCAUCUCAGUCUGAUCACAUAGAUGACCUUGAGGCAUUAGAUGAUGACCAUGCUAACUUCGGUAAUAACGAAGACAGUGCUGACAAUGACAACUACACUUUCAGCGUGCCUUGUAUGGAAGCCACAGGUACAACCCCCUGGGAUGUAUCUUAUGAAGACAGUGAUCUUGUUCCAGGGCUGCAGAAAUUUGACUUCCAUGAAGGAAAUAAUAUGGAUGAUACAUCUGAAGUUAAUUUUGAGGCUGGUGUAGGAGAUAUGGAGACACUGGGUGACUCAAGCUUAUACUCUCUUGGUAUAGUAACUCGUCCAAUACCAGCAUGUAGAAAGUCAAAAGAAGCUCCUUAUAAGGAUGAACAUGCUACCAAGGGGGCAGGUCAUGCUAAUGAAGCUCCAGGGCUCAGCCUUCAUAGUCCUACCUCUUCAGAUGGUAAUGUUUCAGAAAUUAAGGCACAAAGGCCAAUGUUCUGUGUUUCAGAUAUAUCUGAAUGCUCUUUGACACUUGAUCUGUCAGAAGAAAAUAAUCAGAAGCUAGGUGUCAACAAAGUAAACAGAAAAGAUGGUUCCAUGGCCCACCUUAUGAGUGACCUGCAAACAGAUGAUGGUACCCUCUUAGGUCUGAGCUCAUUUUCUAGUGAUAAAGAAGACUCUAGUGGCAAGCCUGGUCUUCUGAAGGAAAAAUCAGGAAGAAGCAAAGAUGCCUUUGGGCCAAAAAGAAAUUCUUUGAAAGAAAAAUCUUCAGGUACUACAAAACCCACCACUGGUCCUUCAAAUCACCCAAGACCUGUCAGAACUCUGAAUAUAUCAGAGAAUGCAAGCAUGAGAAAAGUAGUACCUAUUUCCAGGUCAACUAAAGCAGCACCCCCCACUUGUACAAAAAAGCCAGAACCUAAGCCAGCACCUCGGGACACUAGUAUAGCUGAAACGCGGCUGUCACGGCGCAACUCCAUCAGGGGUAUCACCGAUGCCAUGCCAAAACCUCAGUAUAGGCAGAGCAUAUCUGUAGAGGAGCCAAAAUUCCAGCGAGGAACAGCAGCUUCUAGCAGUGGCCAUUUUGAGAGGGAGCCACUUCAGCAGAAAGGCUCCUUCAAAAAGCCAAGCUCUAAACCGGUCAGAUACGUUCCAAAGUCAAAAAAUGAUGAAACCAAAAUGUGCCGCUCUUUGCCCAAACCCCAGUCACCUACAGAUACUAACAAAAGCCCAACAAUCACUGUUCCCAAGACACCAGCUCCCAUUCCAAGCUUUGCAAGAAACACAGUGGCCUCUUCUUCAAAAUGUGCAAAAGUGGAUAUGCCUUCUACUUCCAAAACUCCAACCCUCACAAGAUCUUUGUCUCAAAGGCUACCAAGGAUGAGAAUAACAGCAGCCUCUGAUGAUGCUAAUCCAAAGGAAAAUGGUGGAAGCACACUGAAAAGAGCAAAUAGUGCUAGAAUUAUCAAAAGGAACACUGACAACAGUGAACUUCUAAGUGUUAAAGCAGAGCCCAUGCCAAGGGAACAAAUAACAAUGGAAAGAUCAGCAUCCCUUAAAUGUAAAGAUGGAAACCAAACUUCAAUAGGAAAACUACUGAAUCACUUUUGAAAAUAAAGGGGGUUGUGCUGUUUGGCAAUAUAGAAUGUGAAAACAAACUUUUUCAACACUGAAUAUUUCUUUUGUGGAAUAUCCAGACAGUAAUGUAUUAAUAGCAUUACAUACAAGUUAAGGUACAUUGUGUGGAUCCUGCUGUAGGUCUGAACUGAAUGUAUUCAAAACUACUGUGAUGGGAUAGCUGUAACAAAGUUUCCUUGCUUUUGGAUGAUAGUUCUUCUACAUGAAUGUUACAAAUUUAAGGCAAGUCUUCCUCAGCCUGGAGUUCCCUCUUUGUUGAUGUGGUAGCUCAACCGCCAUCAUCUCCAGCCAGCGUGGCUUCUGUGCUAGCUUGAGAUGAAUAAGGGAUGUAGUCCAGAAAUCCAGGAUGGAGAAGACUGCACUAAAAUAAUGUUUUUAAUCUAGCAAAAAGAAAGGAAAACAGAGCUAGUGGAUAAGGCCAGUUAUUGAAUGACUACUCUUUUCUGAAAAUGCAAAAUGAACUGCUUUUUGGAAAAGUAUGAGAAGUUGAUGUGGAUCAUUUAAAUUCUUUGAGUCCAAGAAUAAGUUGUGUCUCUUGCAGAGUCUGUUGCUGGCAGCUGGGCAUGCAGAACCGCUGGCUCACAAAAUGGGAAAACAAGACACUGCUCUUUGGUGGAAGGAUGGGAUUUUAAUUUCAUCUGAAGAAUUUGCAGUGUGUCUUUAAAUUGUGUGUGUAUGUAGGAAGGAGGGGAAACUCUGCUGGGCAGAAUGUUUUUUUCUCCAUGAAUGUGGCAGAACUGCUUUGCAUGUGAAAGUAGAAUAGUCAGUGGGAUGACUGGUGCUGGAAUUAGUAGGGUUAGCUGAAGGUUAUGGCUUUCCGAAACCACAAAUAUUAGUUUAGGGAAAAUAACUACAGGUGACUUGGCUUGCAGGUCAUUCACCUGCAUACCUGCCAGCUUUUGGUAUACAAAAGUGCCAUAUUUAUAAUACACACCACAGAUAAUGCAGCUUGAAACAUGUGAGGGCUGCAGCUUUUCAUAAAGCACUUUCCCUGCCGAUUCUUGUUUCCACUGGUUUCUAACUACUGUCAAAUGACUUGAAAUGCUGCUAUGGCUCUAAUUAGGAAAAGCCUUUGGUUUCCCUGCUGCCUUCUUUCUUUGUCAAAACUGUUGGCAUGAAAUAUGCAGGUUCCUUUUAUGCAUGAUAGAAGCCUUUUUUUGUAAAUUUAGCUUAAUUUGCUUCAGAUGUGGAUUUUAACACUAUUUUUAAACUUUUUUAUAAGCUUUUUUUUUAAAAAAAUUGAAAAAUAAUUCAUUGCAGAAAGGUCAGGCUGAAAUACAGAUGAGGAACAACUUGUUGCUGCGUGUUCUGCCUUCCCUUUGGUCCCUUUCCAGGUAAAUAUAUGUAGGGAAGGAAACCAGCUGUCUUUUAGUCUUUUUAUUUAAAUAGCUGCCAUCUUAUUCAUAUAGGAAUUUUUUUUAAUAUCUUGCCGUGGAAAUAUUUGGGCAAAUAAUACUGAGUUAGUUACGAAAUCUUUUCUUCAGCAUGCCCACUUUGUUUUCUUUUAUCUAACACUACUGUAUCAGUCACACCAGGUCACUGAUCCAGAUGUGACAAUGGAAUCAAAAACUUCCACUCAAAUCAACUGGGUUAUUUCACUAUUGCAGUUCAUAGCCUCAUCUUUUUUUCUUCUUUCUAUUUUAGAAAUAGUUUCAAAAACUCUUCCCAAGAAAGUAUACCAACAUGACAGUGCUUCCUGUGCCCACUAAACAAUUGACCACCUCAGUGUGAUGGAUAGUUGGCUUAGCACCUUUCAUAUAGUAAUAAGCUUUUGAAUGGAAUAAUUUUGCCUUUUUACAAGCUUCUUGAGUUACUGUAUCAGAUGUCCAUAAGUUAAAUGCAGUACUCUGUCCAUGUGGCCCUGCCUGUAUCCUUUUUGUGUGUGCUCAUCUGCAAAAGCAGGUGUUGAAUUUUUAUUACCUUUUGAUGGUAGUAAGCUUGAAAAGAGAAAAUAAUUUAAAUGUUACAUGUUUGGAAACUGUAAGUAAAUUUCUAUAUGAUAAGUAUGUGUAAAAAUGAACUGGAUGUAUUUAAAGGACCAAUUUAUACAUUUCUGAGUUUACCUUGCUAGUUUAAUA